AUGGAGACCGCACAGAGUUUCACAGCUCGCCGGCCCGCCGCAUCCAAUUUACCAAACUUCCAGCUACCCCCUCCAGAACCCCUUGGAAUGCACCAUCACAAAUAUCAAAAACAAUCUAACAACUAUUUUCAUGGAACUUCAAACAGUUCUUCACAACCAGUUCCCGCCAUCGCGAAUAACAUAUUAACGCCUCCAGCCGGUAUUUCACAUGACGGUCUAAGUCCGCUCGCAUCUAGCGUCAAUAGUGGUAGUUCUGGUAGUUCGGCCGCCGGCAUACCUCCAUACCAAUCUUCGACUUUCUGGCCAACUCCCCAGUCUGGAAACAAUUUCACGUUUAGCUCUGCGCCGCCGAUGAAUGUGCCUUAUGCUCAGCAACAGAAUUAUAUGAGUAGAUCUUUAUAUUCGCCCACUAUGAAUAACUAUCCCAGCCCACGAAAUCUCAAUUCUCCCACUUCCUCAGAAGGUCUCCCACCACCUUCAUAUGAAAGCCUCCCUCCAUUCACCACCCCAAUCCCGAUGUCUGGUGCAGAUGGACAACAAAAUCUCCCCACGCUCGCACCCCACAAUUCUCAGCAGCAACAGCAGCAACAAAUGAACAACCACAACCUCAUGAGCCUUCAACAAUCUUCCUCUCAAGGACCACAGCAAGGAAACGUACAAGCCCCAGACAAUUACGUCGGGCGAGGUCCCCCAACUCCAAAUUACUACCCCCCAUCUUCCACCCCUCAACAGUCGUCUUUUCCCGCCUACGCUCAACAUUCACCUACGCAACAAUCCCCCAAUACCUCCUCCGGCCCCUCCAACCGAAUUUCCCCUAUCCAGACCCACCACACGCAUUCCUCCAUGGGUGCACCCCAAGGUUACCCCUCCCGCCCCUCCUACCCACAUUACAACCUCCCCACCUUAACCGCACCCAUCAUGUCCAACGUCCAUCAGCCUGGCAGUCAAAUGGCUCUCCUCGGUGGGUUGAAUAUGUCCUAUUCCCAACAAAUGCCCGGACCAAUGUACGGCGCACAUCAUCCUCAACAAAUGCCCCAAAACGAUCGACCAUUCAAAUGCGAUGAGUGUCCUCAAGCUUUCAGUCGUAACCACGAUUUGAAACGCCACAAGCGUAUUCAUUUACCCGAGAAACCUUUCCCAUGCGGUCAUUGCCCUAAGACUUUUUCCAGAAAGGAUGCGUUGAAGAGACACAUACUCGUCAAAAACUGCGGGCCAAAGUCCAUAAAAAGCGCCACGCAUCCUAAUGGAGAUUCCCAAUCCUCUGUUGACAAAUCGGAAAUUUUGAGCGAUUCUACCAACGACGGUAGCCCGGAGGUGUCAAAGAAGGAAUUGUCAUUGUGA